UCUCAUCACACACAUAUAUAAUAUAAACAAACAACAAUUUGAAGUUUAAUAUACCUUCUGUUAAACCUCUUUUAUUCCUUAAAUAUAUAGGUUUGGCAUGUAUAUGAACUUCAGAAAAGUUUAAGCUAAGGGAACCAACUAUGUAUCAACAUUGUUCAAGAAUGUAUGGAACACAGUGGGAAUCCUACAUGGGAAUCAACAACCUAGUUAAGGUUGUUGGAUCUGAACAGGUGAAUUUUGAGCCAAUCAAAUCACCCUGCAACAACAACAUUGUCGGUUCUAGUUUUCAAGGUGAAGAAUACUAUGAUGAGGAUGAGAUUGAAGUUCCUGAUUGGUGUUUUGAUAACUUUCCAAAGAUAACAGAUCCUCCAUUGGUGAAUUGUCAAGCCUCUGGAGAUAACUUCACUGCUUCACAGCUCACAAACUCCUUGUAUUCUAUUGAUGAAUCUUUGGUGUCUAAUACUGAAGAUAGUCAUAAUUCUUCUGAAGAAGAAUACAGUAAUUUUCAGUCUGGGAAUAUGUCAUUUUAUGAUCACUUUUCGCAUAAACAUGAUGAAUUGAUGAAGAAAGAUGAUUUCUUAGAUGAGAAGAAGCCCUUUGAAAUUUCCUUUCAGAGAACUGAGUCAGGGUCAUGUACAAAGUCACAAAAGCAUAGUCCUCAAGUCUAUGGAACUACCUGUGGCGUCACUUCUAGCAACUCUGGUUCAAGAAAAGCUCUAACAAGUAAAAGAAGAAUAAGAUGGACAGAAGAUUUGCAUGAAUCAUUCAUGAUGAUAGUUGAUAACCUUGGUGGUCCAGAAAAAGCAAAGCCUAAGGCUAUACUAGAUAUGAUGAAAUCAAAAUUGUUAUCACUUUCUCAUGUUAAAAGUCAUUUGCAGAAAUGUAGGUCUACAAUACGUUUACAUAAAGCUUUGCAGGAAAGAUCUGAGGAAGGAUUUAGAACAGAUAGAGCCAUAGAGCUUCAACACAAAAUCAGCCUUAUGCAAAUCGAGGAAUCGCAGAAGUUGCAACUAGAGGUUCGAAAAAGUAUUUCGCAGCAGCUAGAGAUGCAAAGAAAUUUGCAAGCACUAAUUGAAGAACAUAGCAAGAAGCUCAAAGUAAUGCAAAAAGAAAAAACCAACCAAGGAAUAUCAUUGACACAACCAGAAGGUCCAUAGUCACAAUGUUGAAGUCUGUAAAACAUUGAUCCUUCAAUUGUUUGGAGAGUUAAUGUUUUCAUCAAAUAACAAAUUCGGAUGAGUUUUGAUGCCAUCUAAGUUGACAGUAAGGGAGCCUAUAUCUUUCCUAUUGGAUGACAAGAUCCAACAACUCAUUACUUGGCAAGGAGGAUUAAUAUUCUUUAUACAAAAUGUUGUGAUUCAAAUGUACUAGAGGUUUCAAACAAAGACGAACAAUGUAUAUUACUGCUAAAAGAUGAUGAAUCAUUAGAAUGAACAUUGUAGACAACAGUGUUUAUCUUUCCACAAGUAAUUAAUGGUGAACAUCAUUAGGAAGGAGAUUCACUUAGUUUGUUAUUAAAUUGUGAUUAGCAAACUUUGUUAGGAGAG